AUGGUCGUUCAACAACAUAUCUUGAACUGGCUCUAUAGCGUGCUGACCAGUGAAUAUCACGAUGUCAACCGCACAUACAACGAUGUAGCCCAAGUGCUCUCCCACUACCCAUCGCUCUCUCCACGAACCGAUGUCCACACCUUCCCCAACGGCGCAUCCGCCCUCCUCGUCCACCUCUCGGGAACACUGCCCGUCGUCUUUCGCGGCACCACGUACCGAUUCCCAAUUUCAGUAUGGGUUCCCCAGGCCUAUCCCCGCGAGGCCCCCUUGGUCUACGUGACCCCGACCGAGCACAUCAUGGUACGGCCAGGCCAGCACGUCGACCCCCAGGGUCAGGUGUACCAUCCCUACCUUGCCGGCUGGUCGACGUAUUGGGAUAAAUCCACCAUUCUCGACUUUUUGGCCAUAUUGCGCGAUGUCUUUGCCAAAGAGCCUCCCGUCAUUGCUCGUCCACCUCCUCAAGGGCAGGUCCGGUCCCCUCCGCCCCAGCAGCAGCAACAACCACAGCCACCACAAGCGCCUGGAGUACCUACACCACCACCAGUGCCACCACUUCCCCAAGAACUAGCCGCGAAGUCGCCGGUUCCAGUAUCUUUACCGGCCCAACAAGACGGAGCAAGACCUCCACCUCCACCACCGAAGCCCGGCGCCCCUGCUGCUGCUCCCAUACUGCAACACCAACCCUCUCCGGCACCAUCCUACGCCGCCGCUCCUCCGGUGCCUCCCCAUCCUCCACAUCCCGGCAGACCUACGAGCCAACACGGCGGUCCUGGAGCAUCGACAACACAAUCCCCCAGACCAGGCCCCUCUCGCUACGAUGCUCCUCCACCUCUACCUCCACACCCGACAACACAACAACAACAACAACAGCAGCAGCAGCAGCCUCAACCGCCCCAUGGCGCGCCAUACCAAUCACCUCCUCCAGUGCCCGCUGCCCUUCCUCACAACCAGGCACCACCACAACCUCCCUUCUCCCAAAUGGACCCACGAAGGAUGUCAACCCUCCAACAACACACUCCCCAACACUACGCAUCACCACCCAACUGGCAGCAACAACAGUACCCACCUCAAGCCUUACCACCACAACACCAACAACACCAAUUCCCACCACAACCUCAGCCUAAACCCCCUCCGCCCCCCGACCUCCUAGAUGACGACACCCCCGCCUCCCCUCCCUCCUCCACCCCCGGCGCCGGCGCCAACGCCACAACAAUCACUGCCUCUCCCGACGCUCCUCCUCCCCCACCUCCCAACCCCGAAAAAGACGCCCUCCUCCGACAGCUCGCCUCCACUCUCCACUCCCACCGCCAGCACGCCCGCGCCCAAAACGACUCCUCCCUCGCCGGCCUCCAAGCCCAACGAGCAGCAAUGAACCAAGCAGCCACCACUCUCCAAGCCGAGUACGCCCAGCUUUCUCAGCUCUCGGCUCUUUUAACUUCCAACACGGCCAUUCUGCAGGAGAGUUUGAGGAAAGCCGACGCCGUGAUUGAGAACUCCAAAACACUCAAGGAGCCGGAUAUCGAUGAGUUGCUGGUUGCCCCGACGGUGGUGGGCAACCAGCUUUAUGAGCUGGUGGCGGAGGAGAGGGCCUUGGCGGAUGCCAUCUUCAUGCUGGGACGGGCCGUGGAGAGGGGGAGGAUUGCGCCCGGGACGCAUGCCAAGAUGGUGAGAGGGUUGGCGAGAGAGUGGUACUUGAAAAAGGCUCUGGUGAAGAAGAUUGGGGAUGGUAUGGGACUCAGUCAGUAACAGUGAUGAUGAUGGACUGGGAGACAGGCCAGAAAGGUAGAGUAAUAAUGCGAUGUAGAUGAAUGGAUGAUUAUG